ACCUUAAAUUAAAUAUUACAAAUAUAUUUUGCUUUGUUAUUACCAAACGAUAAUUAAAAAUUUAAUGUAAAAUGGCUACUAGUCGUUUAGAAAGAAUUGGUACAAUAUUUACAAGAGUGGAAGGUCUCCUUACACGUGGGGCAAUGAAACCUGACGACCGGCCACUUUGGUUUGAUGUGUAUAGAGCAUUCCCUCCAAAUGAAGAACCCAAAUUUGCAAGACCUAAACCAGAGGUGAAGAAGAUAAGACAAAUUCUGUAUAAAGAGGAUGCAAUUAGAGCAAAGUUCCAUGCAGAGGGCCAUGGGUUAGGAGUAAACAUGUUAAAUCCAUCAGGAGAGACACAAACUAAAAGAUUAAUACAACAAUAUGCAAUGUUAAAAUCGGAAGGAGUGCCAGAAAAUGAAUUGAUUGAAAAAUCAAUUGCCGCUGUUUCAGCGGAGCGUCAAAUAUCUUCCAAAACUACUAAAAAUCCAGAUUCAGUUACUGCUCAAGUACUGGGCAGUGCAGACAUAAAGAACAUAUUCAAAGAAUGAUAGUCAUAAAAAAUUCUGAAUUGUAGUCCUUAUUGUUUAGUUUAAUGUAUAGUAAUGUUAAAAUAAAUGAGUGUUAUGUAGUUGUUUUUUUAUA